AAAGAUGAUCACGUUAGCAGACUUUUACCAUGUGAUGACUGCUAUGGUGCCACUUUACGUGGCCAUGAUUUUAGCUUACGGUUCAGUGAAAUGGUGGAACAUCUUCUCCCCCGGUCAGUGUUCGGGGAUUAAUCGCUUCGUCGCUCUCUUUGCCGUCCCUCUCCUCUCUUUCCACUUCAUCGCCUCUAACGACCCUUAUGCUAUGAACUUCCGUUUCAUAGCUGCUGAUACCCUACAAAAGGUCAUAGUCCUUGCGAUUCUUGCGGUUUGGUGUAAGGUGAGCAGAAGGGGUUGCUUGGAAUGGACAAUCACCCUCUUUUCACUCUCUACUCUUCCAAACACUUUGGUAAUGGGCAUCCCUUUGCUUAAAGGGAUGUAUGGGGAAUUCUCGGGAAGCUUGAUGGUUCAAAUAGUUGUCCUACAAUGCAUUAUUUGGUACACUUUGAUGCUUUUCAUGUUUGAAUAUAGAGGUGCCACGAUGCUCAUAUCUGAGCAAUUCCCCGACACUGCUGGCACUAUUGUUUCAAUCCACGUAGACUCGGACAUCAUGUCACUUGAUGGUCGACAACCUCUGGAAACUGAAGCUGAGAUCAAAGAAGACGGAAAGCUCCAUGUUACUGUCAGGAAAUCUAAUGCCUCAAGAUCAGAUAUUUUCUCCAGACGCUCCCAAGGUUUCUCUUCAACAACUCCACGCCCUUCGAAUCUAACCAAUGCCGAGAUCUAUUCUUUGCAAUCAUCGAGAAACCCAACACCAAGAGGCUCGAGCUUUAAUCACACUGAUUUCUACUCCAUGAUGAUGACCGGUGGACGCAACUCGAAUUUCGGUGCUGCUGAUGUUUACGGUUUGUCUGCCUCUAAAGGACCAACUCCGAGACCAUCCAAUUACGAGGAGGAUGGUGCUGGAGCUCGUGCUGGUUCUGGCACCGGUAAACCGAGGUUCCAGUACCACGCACCAGGCGGUCCCGGUGCAGCCCAUUACCCGGCUCCUAAUACGGGUAUGUUCUCAUCGACUGGAUCUAAAGCAAAGAAGCCUAAUGAUCAAGCUCAACAAAAGGCUGAAGAUGGUGGUAGGGAUCUUCAUAUGUUUGUUUGGAGUUCAAGUGCUUCUCCUGUAUCCGAUGUCUUUGGUGGUAAUGGCCAUGAAUAUGGAGCACCGGACCAGAAAGAGGUUAGAGCAGCUGUCUCCCCAGGGAAAGAUGAAGUACAUAUGGAGAAUCGUGAAGAGUACAUGGAAAGAGAAGAUUUCAGCUUUGGGAAUCGAGGAUUGGAACAAGAAAUGAACAACCAUCCCAAAGUGGGGGAUGACACCGGCAACGGCAAGCCCAAAACCAUGCCACCACCAAGCGUCAUCACAAGGCUGAUACUGAUCAUGGUUUGGAGAAAGCUUAUCAGAAACCCCAACACUUAUUCAAGCUUAAUAGGACUCACUUGGUCACUAAUCUCAUUCAGGUGGAAUGUACAAAUGCCUGCCAUAAUAGCCAAGUCCAUUUCCAUUCUGUCAGAUGCAGGGCUUGGCAUGGCCAUGUUCAGUCUUGGUCUGUUCAUGGCAUUGCAACCAAGGAUCAUAGCAUGUGGGAAUUCCGUUGCAGCUUUUGCCAUGGGUGUUAGAUUCCUUGCAGGACCAGCAGUGAUGGCAGCAGCUUCCAUGGCUGUUGGACUACGUGGCGUCCUCUUACACGUUGCCAUAGUACAGGCAGCUCUCCCACAAGGAAUUGUCCCCUUUGUCUUUGCCAAGGAAUACAACGUACACCCCGAUAUUCUCAGCACAGCUGUUAUUUUUGGGAUGCUAAUAGCAUUGCCCAUAACGCUAGUGUACUACAUUUUAUUGGGACUAUGAAGUAGCCAGCACUAACCUAAUAUAUCAACAUUUUAAUUAUUGUUUUUUUCCUUUUUAUUUUUUCGUAGUAAAGUUUGUAAAAUCUUAUUUUGUAGUCAAAUUAUGAAGAAAAAGAAUCUAGUUUGUUAUC